CUAACAUUAACUUAACCUACAGCACCUCCCCUCCUAGCCUUAAGUCCUGGCAAAUAUUUGCUUGGUUCAAGCCAUGCAGCCUGGGGAGGUUUCAGGAAUCCAUUAUCUAGUUUCUUCAAACCCAUCUCCAUAUUCAGCUCAUUUUAGCAUGACCCAGAAUAGCCCGGCAUUUCAAUUAAACCAAUUUUCAAAUCCAUUAUAUAGCUUUCAAAUUCCUUCUCAUACUCAAGAUUUGAAUACACAGUCAUCGUGUUUUAGUAGUAAUUCAACUUCCGACGAAGCAGAGGAGAAACAGUUAAGUCUCAUCAACGAGAGAAAGCAAAGAAGAAUGAUUUCUAAUAGAGAGUCUGCACGUCGAUCACGUAUGCGCAAGCAAAGACACCUGGAUGAACUCUGGUCGCAGGUGGUUUGGCUCCGGAAUGAGAACCACCAACUCAUAGACAAGCUGAGCCAUGUUUCAGAAUGCCAUGAUCGGGUUCUUCAAGAGAAUGCUCAGCUUAAAGAAGAAGCCUCAGAACUCCGCCAAAUGCUCACUGAUAUGCAGUUGAGUAGCCCUUACUCUACCUUCAGAGACCUGGACGACGUCCCCUGCAACACAGCUUACCUUAAAGCUGAGUCCUCAAACCAGUCCAUCACAGGUUCUAUGGAUUUGCUAGGCUAAGACAAAGCAGUGUGUUAUUUUCUAUCUGGUUUCCAUAUUUUGUUCUUUUUCUUCACUGUGGAAGACAACCAGGCCUUGUCAAGCUUUAUGUUGUAUGAGAUCAAAGAGAGAUGGCAAAUAACAUGUUUCGAACAUUUAUUAUUCUCCCUC